AUGGGCUCUCACGAGGUAGAAUUGUUACCCUGGCAGUCUCUUGCCGCAGGACUUGGUUUUAGCAGCCCAGAUGAGGAAUACUGGUGGACUACCUUUGCUCAGCCCUUAAACCAGUUAAUGGAAUGGGCCAACUACUCGAUUGCCGAGCAGUAUCGUGUACUGGCGUUUUUGCACCGCUAUGUCAUCCCUACUUGCGGUCCCAAGCCAUAUCGGAACGGGGAACAAUACUGGAAGACCUUCAUGGGUUUCGAUCAUACCCCGAUCCAAGUCAGCAUCAACUUCUAUAAUAGCAAGGCUACAGUCCGUACGGCCAACAUCCCUAUCUGUGCCCUCUCCGGCUCCGCACUCGAUCCCAUAAACCAGAAAGCCUCGACGGACACACUGAGCGCCCAAAGACAUCUCGCACCCGGGAAUGACCUGCGUUGGUUUGAGCAUUUCGCCAAGGCUUUCUUUCUCCUCAACGACGAGGCCCAUCUGCUCAAUGCCCAGGUUUCGGACCGCAUCCUUGCAAUGCAGGCUGUGCAAGGCAUGUUGAGCUACGAUUUCCCAUAUCACAGCAUCCAAACUAAGUGUGCCAUGUCUCCAAUCUGGAAGCAUAUCCAAACGGGUCAGCCAAUUGGAGACCUCAUGAUCCAGGCCAUCAAGGACCUAGGUGAUGAAACUGCUGAAUAUAUGCAGUCUCUGGGAGUCUUAGAGUCUUUCAUUGAUUCCAAAGAUGCCAAAGAUGCCGGGGCAAAGCCAGCCUUCUUUGCCUUUGACACCACUUUGAGCGAACAGUAUAAGAGCUCUCGCAUCAAAAUUUACCUCGCCACCACUCGCACGGCCCUCAAUCGUAUGGUGGAAAUUUUCACCCUCGGAGGCAGAUUGAAUGGGCCGGAGAUAGAGCGUGCUAUAGAGGCGCUAAAACUGCUCUGGUCAUCCGUUAUCAACGUGCCUGAGGGCCUAUCGGACGAUGCCGAUAUUCUUCCUAAGAAUCCUCACCGUUGCGCCUGUGUCAUCUUCAACUUCGAGAUCUGGCCAGGUGCAAGCGUUCCGACACCGAAGAUUUAUCUGCCCGCAGCAUAUUAUGGCAAGCCCGACCUGGAGAUUGCUGAGGGUAUGGACGUCUUCUUCAGAAGCCAGGGGUGGAAUCAGCCCUUCCAUUCAUACCAAGACAAUUAUGUGAAAGCCUUGUAA